AAAACGUCAAUAUUGUCAUUAUCGAUCACAUUGAUUGUCAUCUGGCUCCGAAAGAACGAGUAGAUUCGUAACGAACAUGGAGGAGCAGUUGAGUGAAGACGAACUCAUCGGCGAAGAUGUCAUCUUACCUAGCCCAACGACCCCGGAUUCCCUAGCAGCACAGGAACCCAUCAAAGAAAAGCGAUUGACCUUCGAAGAGGCUUCCAAGAGCCUCAGCACCUUAGGCAAGGACGAAAGCGGCGUGAGAUACGCCUUCCUGAUGAUGUCCCCUACCCAAAAGAAACUAACAGACAUAACGAUAGUGGUUAACUUCAAACACCUGUUGUUUCUAGAUCUAAGCGACAAUUACCUGAAUCUGGAAGCCCUGCAAGUAGUCUCGAAGUUACCAUAUUUGAUAUUCCUCAGAGCUGAAAGGAACAGAGUAGAAUCAGUGGGGUUAGAGCGUAUGAGCUACCUUCAAGUGUUGAUUUUGACGAGGAAUCAAGUCCAGGAGACAGGAGAUUUAGACCAACCGAUGCUAGAAACACUUGAGCUGGCCCAUAACUCCAUAUACACCCCCCAGUUCGUUCCUGAACGCUUGGUUAACUUAAAGGAACUCGGCUUGAGGGGCAAUCAUCUCCUAGACACUUCUGGCACAUUCCCCAGUUCUCUGGAAAAAUUGUUUCUUUGUAACAACGGCAUAAGGAAAAUAAACACGGACUUCUCUAAGCUGCCCAAUCUCAAACAGCUGCAUCUGCGGGACAAUAAAAUAAGGAAGCUGUCAGGAAUAACAGAAGACCUAGCGAACCUGAGCUACCUCAACCUACGAGGCAACAGAAUCACCAAAGUAAGGCAAUUCAGACACUUGGACUGUCUCCCGAAACUGGAAACGCUCAUCAUCACCGAUAACCCGGUGUACAGCGAAAAGCAAGAAGAAGACUUGGAAGACGAGGAAGAACGAGAAGAAGAAGUCUACGGCGAAGACGGAGCACAGGCAGUGGACAAAGUCAGAGUGCCCCUACUGGUUCUUCUACCCAGCUUGAAGAGAAUCAACAAGGACCUGGUGACUCUAGACGAAAGAGAAGCUGCUGCGGCCGAGAAGAAGAGUAUCCUUAAAAGGAUAUUCGAUGAGGAUAGCAGCGAUGACGAAACGGAAGUACCGACUACGACGGAUUUCACCACUGAUUAUACGGCCGGAACGGAGGUUGACCUUGAGUAUGUGGAAAAUGGUGGCAGCGAAGAAAAAAGCGAUGAGGAGGAAGAUCAACAGGUGAAGAAUGAAGGUGGAGACGAAAAUGAAACUAUUGUUGGAGAUAAGAAAAACCAAUGAAGAACAUAGAAUAGUGUGAAAACGAUGUAUUUCCUAUCGAAAUGAGAUGGAAGUAUAUUUUUCAUUCCUUUUUCGUGCGUGAAUUACUCUACAUUUAUCGACCUAUAAUUUUGUGACGCCCUGUGUAAUAUCUGGAAAUAUCUGGAAGGUAUGGAAUAGGUGUAAGUACUAUAUUAUUCAAGAAUUUGUUUUGGCAUUUGCAUUUUCUGACUGUACCUAUUUUAAUAAUGAAUUCCAUCCAUAUCUCUAUAUGUUAUACAGGGUGAGUCAGUUUUCUGUGGAAAGACUUUUACAGCUGAGAGAAGACAUUUUUUUAAGAUGAAAAUGAUAUGAAAACAU